AUGAACAACAUCUUCCAAGACCCUCAGCACACAUCUGAAACCCCUGAUAGUACGAAUUCUGUAAAUGAACCCUUCCUAUCUUCGUCAUGCCCGCCACGCAACGUGACGGCAGCUUUGGCAGGUGGAGGCGAGCAGCAAAAAAACAAGAUUUUGGUGAAACAGUCACCCAUGCUUGUGGUGGAUAACAAUGACGUCACCCUCAGCUGCAGGUAUUCUCACAACCUCCUCUUGAAGGAGUUCCGGGCAUCACUGUACAAGGGAGUGAACAGUGAUGUGGAAGUCUGUGUUGCGAAUGGGAAUCUCACCUCUCAGCUUCAGUUUCACUCAAAUGUGGGGUUCACCUGUGAUGGGAAUUUGAACAAUGAAACAGUGACAUUCUACCUCCGGAAUCUGCACGUCAAUCAAACAGAUAUAUACUUCUGCAGAGUUGAGGUCAUGUACCCUCCUCCUUACCUAGACAAUGAGAAGAGCAAUGGAACAAUUAUUCAUGUGAAAGAGAAACAUCUUUGUCAUGAUCAGACAACACCUAGGCUGUUCUGGGCACUGGUCGGGGCUGCUGGAGUCCUGUUUUGUUAUGGCUUGCUAGUGACAGUGGCUCUUUAUAUUAUCUGGACAAAUAGCAGAAGGAACAGACUCCUUCAGAGUGACUACAUGAACAUGACACCCCGGAGACUCGGGCCCACACGCAAGCAUUACCAGCCCUAUGCUCCAGCGAGAGACUUCGCAGCCUACCGUCCCUGA